UGGCCUAGGACAGGCCCUUGGCAGGAUCAGCACUGGGGGCGAGGGCCCCCAGGCAGGGACAGCCUGUGCUCAGGGCUGAACGGUCAGGACAAGGUCAGCAGCGAGGGACUCGCCUUGCCUCCAGCCCCCCGGGCGCAGGCAGUGGCACCGCAACUUUGCUUGGGGGACACGUUGCUGCGGUAUUGUCAAGAGUCACCCUCUGGCAGGCCAGGGCCCGGAUUCGAGCCCACGCCCACUUCAGGUUGGCCAGACAGGGCCGUACUGCUGCCCGGCAGUCCUGGGCCAGGCUGCUUCCCCCACGUACCCCGACCCUACCCCCUGAGCCUCGGCGAGACCCCCACCCAGGAGUCAAAAGUCUACUUAAAAAGUGGGCAAGGAUGCUAUGGAGUAUCACUGGAGCGAUGAAGACCGAAGCUCUGAAACAUUUUGCAAACAUUGCUGAGUUGUCCAACUGAAACCAGACUGGAAAAGAAUUUCAAGUAAUUUCAAUAAAUUCUUUCACAUUUUAAUUUCACUUCUUGAGCACAAAUCAGUCACAGCAAAUGACUUGCUUCUGACUUUGUCACGCCCUCUGGUUAAUGCUGGUCACACCUGUUUGGGCAUGCCUGUGCCUAGGUGGCCGAGCCACGCUUUCUUGGAAAGGACUGUGGUGUGUAAACACAAGACUAUGUGCUUGUCAGGAAGGAGGCUCCUGGUAGAGAAGGAUCUGGGUCGGAAGCAGAGCAAAUACACAGGCCAGUUCCAGCCCACCCACUGAGGUUCCAAGCGUGGUGACGGCCUUACCGGGCACCGUUUUUGGGGCGGAACUCCAUCCGUGCUUCAGGGCUCGCCUCUUGCGUCUCAACUGCUUUGCCUUCCAGUGUGGAGGGUGCUAGGGGGUCAGAGAAACGUGAAGAAUAAAGCUGUACGAUGCAUCUUGUGUUUCUCUGACUGACUGUCUGCAGUCCGCGGUGGGGUCCUCUCUGCGGGGUCCCGGCUUUAGUGUAAAGGCUGUUUGCGAGCAGGUGUUGAGUGUUCCCAGGACCGGCCCAGCAGCUCUGCUGACGCAGCCGCAUUUGCUCUGAGAUACGGAAACUGUGGAGUAACCACACAGGAUGAAAAAGGGCAUGUGACUGUGUUUGGGGAAACUUUUAGGCUAAUUAGCUAAAAACAAUGAUAUGGGCCCAUGAGACCAUAUGGCAAAUAUACAUGUGACGUUUUUCAAUCAAAAGGCUUUGGUACAACUGACUCUUUGAAGAUGUUUGGGGAGAUAAUUCUUGAAUUGCUCAUCAUGUAACUUUUUAUUUCAGGAGUUUGUCAUUCACGCCAAGGACGACCCUGCCUGUGAAGUCUCCCCAAGCCCGGGUUCAUGACAGUCGUUCACUCUAACCUGCAGUGAAGCAUUGGCAGACCAUCUCAUCGGCCCCCUUGACAACCUUUCAGGGUAAAUAAAACCUCUCUUCUCUUACAGACAAGACAGAGGCCCAGAGCAAGAACGCAGUGCAGGGGAAGGACAUGCGUGUGUGCUUCUGUGCGAGCAUGGUGCGAGGCGGCUCGGAAGUGUUCUAAGUGAAUCUUCACAGCAGCUGAGAACGCUGAGGCCCAAGAAGCACGAGUAACCGGCCCAAGGGCCCCCAGCUGGCUGGGCUCUAACAGACCCACUGCUGCUCCGGGGCCGUGUACGCUGUUAACCGACAGUAGCGUGAUACCAACGUGCGCUCUCUCCUCCCAGGAUGUAAAAGGGGCAGGAAAAUAAGGACUCGCCUUUCUGCACGGCCCUCCCCGUCCGCUAGAAUGUUUCUCAUGAACGCCCCUCCUGUGGUUGCUCUCCAGUCGAAAUGGGAGGCCUUUGGCCCACCCGGGGGCUUUAGGUUCCCUGGGUGCUUCUCAGAGCCGAGAGAGGGCGUGGCGAGAGCGGCGGUGAGCGCCGAGGUGCAGAUGAUCAUCAGCACGCUGCAGCGCGACCAGGCUGCCCUGGGCAUGAGUGCCGAGCAUGCCCUGCAGAAGAGCCAGAGGGCAGACAGAGGCCGAGACACGGGGCGGGCUGCCAGCCCCGCCUUCGCCACCUGUGGGCUUGCUGCUGAUUUUGACCCCAAGGGGGAGGAGGAAACCACAGACUUUGGCCCCUUGGUGCUGGAUUCAGACAGUGACGACUCCGUGGACCGAGACAUUGAGGAAGCCAUCCAGGAGUACCUCAAGGCCAGGAGCGGGGCCACCCAGCCGCCUGGGGCCGCCGCCGGGGACACACAGUGCAAACCAGAGCCUCCUCAGAGCAGCGGCCCCACCACCCUGGGUCCCCUAAAAUCUGUGCCUGGCUCCGGAGGCAUCCCCGGAGGUGUCCCUGGCAGCCACGGGGGCAGCAGCGAGGACCAGGGCUCCGCCUCCCCCGUUAGUGUGAGCAGCGAUGACUCCUUUGAACAGAGCAUCCGGGCCGAGAUAGAACAGUUUCUGAAUGAGAAAAGGCAACACGAGACCCAAAAAUGUGACGUUGCCGUGGAUAGAAAACAAGACCCCAAUGACAGUUUGGCAAAAUUGGCGUUUAGAUCCAGCAAAGAGCCGGUUGUCAAGGCCCCUCGGCAGGAUCUGACGGGAGCUUGUAAGGAGUUUGUCUUCCGGAAACCUCCCAGGUUCGCCAAGGUGAACACACAGCCCAGGGGCCUCAGGUCUAAGGUCACCCCUGAGCCCGAGGGCUUGGGUGGCACGAAGCCAGCAGCCCCCAAGCCGGUCACUGCCUGCUGCCCUUCAGAAGCAGCCCAGAAUAAAGGAGGAGCCAAGAGGAACGUCGGCCCCGGAAGGAGGGGAAGGCGAGUCAAGAGCACAGCCCUGGUGCAUGACGCAUCUGAUUCCAGCAGCGACGACGGCAUCGAGGAGGCCAUCCAGCUGUACCAGCUGGAGAAAAGGAAGGAGGCAGGCGGGGACCCCCUGCAGAAGGUGCUGCCCGGAGAGGAGAAGGGGCCGGACCCUCCCGCACACAGCACAAGCCUCUCCACAAAAAGUGCCUUGCCCGAAACCCACAGGAAAACACCAAGCAAGAAGAGGCCGGUGGCCACGAAGGCCGUGGACCUCGGCCCAGGUGGCCUUGACCCUGACCACCCCUGCAAGCCACCAAAGGAAACCAAAGCUGCACCCCCAGUAAACACCACUGCCAAAAGCGAGCCCAUGGACCGGUCCUCAUGCCGGGCAGACACGUCCGCCGAGCUGAUGUGCGCCGAAGCAAUCCUGGACAUUUCCAAAACGAUCCUGCCAGCCCCCAGGGAGGGCAGUGACAGACCCUCGUCCGCCAGCCCGCUCUUCCAUCCCCCAAACGUGCCUUCCCGCUCCGACGGCGACAGCAGCUCCGUGGACAGUGACGACAGCAUCGAGCAGGAAAUCCGGACGUUUCUGGCUCUGAAGGCUCAGUCGGGGAGUUUGCUGACCAGAACAGAAACCUGCCCGUCGUCCACACAUUGCCCACUGCCGUCGCCUGGCCCCAAUGGCCAGGCUGGUGGCCUCAAGACCCCUGUCUCUAAAACCCUAGACCUGUCACUGGGCUGCAAAAGAAAACACAGAGGAGGCAGCAGCACUGUGCAGCCGUGCGCACCCAAGAAAACAAGGGAAGUGGCGAAGGAGGGUGCCCAGGACGUUGACCACAGCCAGGGGAAGAUGCAGCCCAGCCAGGAAAAAGCCAGUGAGGCCCCCGGAAGGGAAGGCGAGUCCAGAGGCCAGCCUCUGCCCUGCAGGACCGGCAGGCUGGGUGAGGAGCACGUGGCCCCGGAUGCGAGAGGCGGCGUGUCACCAGGCCACAGGAAGGCGGCCGAGGCAAGGCGCGGAGAGGAGAAACAGAGCUCCGACGACAAGAGCAGCUCGCUGGACAGCGACGAGGACCUGGACACUGCCAUUAAGGACUUGUUACGGUCCAAGCGGAAGCCGAAGAAACGGAGUAAGGACCCCAGAGCUGCGAGCAAGAAAAAGGUCAGGUUCAGCACCACCGAGACGCAAUUCCUGGAUCAGCUGGGCGGCUUCCAGAAAGACUGGAAGGACAAGAGCCCACACUUGUUGAAAAGCUGCCUCUCAAAGCCCAAAAACGAUGGCCAGGAGAGGCCGGCAAGGAAGCCCUGGGGCGUCUUCUGCAGAGAAACGGAGAGAACAAAGGCCACGGGCGCCAGGCCCGGGGACGCGCCCCCCGCCCUCCGGUUCCGGAGGAGAGCCUCCGAGGCGGCUUUGUUCUGCAGCGAAGCCGAAGCCAGUGGACUCCAAGGGCCGGCCCCCAGCCCCAGUUCCCUCUCGGACGACAGCAGCUCCGUGGACAGCGACGACAGCAUCGAACUGGAGAUUCGGAAGUUUCUGGCCGAAAAGGCCAAGGAGUCCGUGAGCGGCGCUGAAAUUCAAGGAGGGGACCUGUCUGCUCCAGGCCCCGGGGCCAGGCCUGCACCAGAGCUGCCAGGCAGGAGGGGGCCACCCGCUGCCACAGCCCCACCCGGCGUGUGCACACGCAGCCAGCGGGCCGCGGGGAGGCCCUCGGUCCCCAGCGGGUGGAGCAGCCCCCGCGCCGAGCAGGCCGGUCUGCCUGUGGCCCUGGCCAGAGCAGAGCUGGCCGCACCCAGGAGCGCCGGCGGCACUGUGUCUGCCAGGGGCUCGCCAGCCAGUCGGAGAAGCACGCUCGCUCACAGAGACCAGAGCCCGCGGGGGCCCGAGCCUGCUGCUGCAGACGGGGCUUUCGGGCUGCUGCCAAGCAGCACGGAAGCCGGCUCCCAGGCCGAGGGCCCCGUGGGUGCCUUUCCCGGGCCCCCUCGAAGCCGAGGCCCACUGACUCGGAACCCGGGAGCCAAGAGGGAGGUCCCCCCGGCCAGCCUCACCCUGCCAUGGGGUGACUUCGCCCCCCAGAGUCGACCACAGAGCACGUGGGCCCUGAGCCCGGAGGGCAGAGGGGCAGUGUGGAAGGGCGGCCUCGGGAGCGAGCGGGAAAAGGGGCCGCAGGGCCAGAGCUCGGCCGGCCUCGCCCUGGACCCCAAGAAAGGCCUGCCCUUCGCGGGCUUCGCUCCGCUACUCUCCACGCAGGCCUUCCACUUUGGGAAGAGCGUCUCCUGGGGGGGCAAGCCGGCCGGCCUCUUCAGCGGCCCCCUGAGCCUGCCCCUGCAGGGCCCCUCCUUCUCGGCCUUCCGAGAGAGCCCGGCCGGCCGCGGCCCGCUGUUCGGAGGCCCGCACUUGCUCCUGAAGAAGGAAGGCGGACACUGGCCGAGCAGGAGGUCCCAGGCGGGGCUCAAUUUGCACAACAGGAGGAGCUCGGGUGCAGAGGAGAACCUUUUAGACCUGCGGUAUAGACGGAGGGUGGUGGACAGAGAUGAUGAAGACCCGGAGGCCUUGGGCAGCGACGCCAGUGAAUGCAGUGACACCUCCGUGGAGGAGGGCGGCGGCCCCUUGGCGCAGGGCAAGGUCCUCAAGCUGUGAGGACGCUUCCUGGUCCACGGCGCGUUCGUGGAAAGCACACACAUGUGCGUGCGUCCAUGUGUGGAGACGCUGCUGUGACCAGGAGAGGAGACUGGAAGGCACUCUACAUGGCCCUGUACAUAUGUACACUAACAUGAAACGUUUUUAUUUAACACACGUGUCCUGGUAAAUAUGAUUUUUGUAGCUUUUUUGUAAAUUAUUUAAAGUGUUGUAAAAAAUAUUUUUGGAAAAUAGAGUUGUCCGGUUUUGUAGGGCGUUCCUAACCGCAGUUCCCCUGUCUCCGUGCAAGUCUGGGUUCUGACCGGCACGGCCCGAGGCUGAGGCUCCGGGUUGGGCGCCGGUGGGAAUGUCCAGUUGUGCCUGCAGCUCAAGCCUGAGGAAGGCAGCAAUUGAUGCCCCCUCGCCCCGAGAGUCACCAAAAUGCCCCCCAGGGUCUCUGUUGGGACAUUUCUGGACGCACUUCUUAUAGAAAGGACCCCCUGGUCCCAAGAGGCCAGAGCAUGUCUUCUGAACACUGCAGUCACAGCCUUCGACUGCGAGCUGUCGCAAAGCACAAUGGCCAGCACACUGACCGCUCCUGUUGCCUGUAGAAAGCCCUGGGGAGAUCUCGGCGGCAGGUCCCUCCAGUCUAGUCCUGAAGCCCCUACUGUCUACGUCCAGUCCUGGUCAAUUGCUCCAUGAUUCUAACAGCUCAGUAAACCUCUUUUUAUAUGAGAGCUACUGUUCUUCAUUUUUAGUCACGGUUCUAAAAGGUAACAACCUGUGCGUUUGAAAUGUUCUUUUCUUGUUCUGUGCCAGCGAAUAAGCAGAGUGGCUGUACGAGUUUUGGUGCCCAGACACCUUGAGCGCCGAUGGCGUGCAGAGCCCGGUAUCCUCCAGGGAGGGGAGCCAGUCGGGGUGUGCUCCAGCAGCUGAGCAGAUGCUGCGGCCGGCUUUCUGAGGGGCUGCCUCCCCGUGUGCAGGACGAGAAGGACCGUUUCCCACACUUGGGCCUAUUUUCCCUGCUCCCGUCCUCUCCCAGGGCCCUCAGGGUCUGAGCACAGAACAGGAGAGAGCAGAGCGUCCUGUGCCUUCCGCCCUGAGGCUGCUGUAGAGACAUGGACACCUGUAUCUUGGGGGCUGGGGGCUGGUCACUGACUGGUCACAACGUUUACAUGCAACUGUCCGGCACACUUUCACCCGUUGUCCAGUUUCACGACUCGCCGUUUCAAUUUAGCCAUGACGGGCCUGGAGCAAGGAUUCUUUGCAGCGAGUGCAGUUGGCAUUCUCACUUGCAAGUGACUUUUCUACACAUUGUGCACCCCUGGGCUUUACCAGCAAUUCACUUGGGUACCCAAAUGCAGACAUGCACCGGCGCCCACAGUCAGUGUCUGCUGGGUCGGACGCUGCGCCGAGGGGCCCUGUGGACUCCGGGACCGUCCAGUGCCUGCAUGAUGUGUGUUUGAUAUCUCUGUUGUUGAAUAUUUGUUCACAUAAGUGCUUCCAGGAAAAACAAUUCAUGUAACCCAUGCUUUAAAUUUUAUUUAAUUUUUAAGGAGUGCUUUUAACACUCGAAAACAAAAAUCAGCUUGUUUUGUAUAUAAGAACUGUUUUUUUAAUGCUAAUAAAUCCAGCGCUGCUCAUGAAUCAG